AUGACUUGGAUCCCCUCAUGGCUACCUCGGCUUCCAUCCCUCAAUUUCGCCGUACCGUCUAGCGUCCAAGGCAGAUUUAUCUCCUUCUUGCUCAAAAAGCUGUUUGGGCAUCUCUUUAAACCUGGCCAGCUCGAUUCUAGCCAGGUUGAUGCUCAAAUUGGAUCCGGGUAUGUUCAAGUCAACGACCUUGAACUGGAUGCUGAGGCUGUUAAUGCUUAUCUGUCCGACCUUUCCAUAACGCUUCACGAUGGAACCAUAUCCUCUGUUGUCGCGCGUAUUCCUUGGCCCAAUCCUUUGUCUGCUACACUAGGCCUCACAUUGACAUCUCUCCAUCUCACCUUUCACGUCCUAGCUUCAACCCACCAUCAAUCCCAGCCUGUUGACCCUGCCGAAUCUAUGGCCUCAAUGGCUGAAUCUUUUGUUCAUGAAGAAUUGACACCACGAGAGGAGGCCACACUUUGGCAGUCAUUGCAUUCCGAACAACUGAAAUAUGAUGAUGAACAGAGCGUUCCUGGAAGUCUUGAUCCUUUCUUAACCACAACCGAGGAUGAUGUGCGUCAUACAGAUGUUGAGCCCGCGGGCAUUCCUAUCUUUGCGACUCUCGUCGAGAGAUUACUUGCCAAAUUUGAAUUUGAUGCUGAAGACAUCAUGAUAACGAUUGUCCAUCCUGGAAAUAUAAAUGUCACGAUGUCUGUUGCUCAGAUUCGAUAUCAAACGAAUGCGAAAAGAUCAGACACAUCUGAAGGAGAAACGCGUUCCUUGAUUAUUGAGGGCUUCACUGUAGCUGCCCGCCCUUUCCUCCCUACUCCACCCUCAUCUACCCAUACUCCCUACGACGAAAUUCGACAACCAGUUUCACCCAGCUCAUCAACGUCGUCUUUGGAUGAAGAAACGCAAUUUGCCAUGUCGCAAUCCCUUGCAUUCCUUCCACCCCGCUCUCCGUCGGCAUCUGUUGCGAGUAGUAUUUACGAGAGCGCUCUCAGCCUUAGAGGACUGGCGGAAUCAAGGGAGGGGAACGCAACCCCAGAUGACCACGGAAAACCGUAUGUUGUGCUGGAUGACUGGGGUCCCUCUGAAACACUAUUGUCGUUUGGCUCAUCGCCUAUUCAGAUACAACUUUUGACACCUUCUCCACUCCAGACUGAUGUUCCAGAAGCUCACGACACGCAAGCAAGUGUCAUAGCUUGCGCGAUCCGGCCAUGGCAAAUACGAGGUUUCGUCAAUUUGGCAGAUUAUUUUUCAUCAUCAUCACAAACUUCUCACAAGGAGUUGACACCCUCGCGCCCACUUUUAUUUGAGAGCGCACCUGCCACACCGACGUCGAAGCUCCUUUCAUCAUUACACAUUCGGGGCGUGUUUAUUCUCCUGCUUCCUGAAUUGCCAAGGACUAGCCCGACAGCUGAAGAUGCGGAACCACUGCUGCACUAUUUCGAAAGCCCAGUGGUGCCUCCACGACUCCAUCACGGAUACGUACGAAUACACCUGGACACUCUGUCAGGCUCGUUAUCUUCUUCCCAUAAUGAACUAGAUUCAAACCACAAGGACUUUCCAAGCUCUGAAGUAAUAACCACGGUGGCCAUGGCCGCAGGAGAUCUUGCGAUAUUUGCAUUUCCUUAUCAGACUCCUGGUCGUGAUGAGAUCUCUCCGUUUCCCCUGUUUUUUACGGACCCUCACUUAAACUCUCAGUACCCCACGACUCAUCAUCAUCCAGGCGAAACCAAGCCCAGCGACUAUCCGCAACUUCCCACAUUUGAAAUUUUGGACUGGAUGGAUGAAAGAUGUCAGAAGUAUGGGACGAAGCUUGGUUUUUGGCGAAGUCGUCCACAGUUCAAUCGUGCGACAUCUUUACACGAGCCAUCAUCUUCGAUUCGAAUGCGUAAACAGAACCUGGAGCAUGAUGACCCUCCGUUGCCUUCGUUGUCGCAUGCUGUCGAGAUAUCGGCUUUGAGCAAGCGGGUUGUAGCACAUCAAAAGGACAAACGUUACGGCACCCAUACGCUUGAACUGAAUGUCAAUAUAGCCCCUGUUCAGAUAUGCGUGGAUCUUGAGAAGACUUUACAUGGCUCCCUAGCUUUUUUCAAACAAGUUCUCCAUCCUAAACAAGAAACUCCAGACAGCAUGUGCGACGACGAAGCUGGGCAAUGCACACCCCCUUGUACACCUCAUGGCGAUGAUUACUUGGAAAGAGACCAGACCAAGGGCAAGUUUACACACACUCAACCGCCGUUGCUUGGAUCUGAAGCCAUUGUCAGUCAACGUAUUUCCAUUCACUUCCCAGUGAUUCGACUCUCAAUCCGUUCCCCCUCUCCAUCAAGUCGAUCCAAUCGAACAGGCGUUCUUGUAGUUAAUAUACAUGACUUAGCGAUCAAUAAUGCUCCAGAGAACGUGAGGGCUAAGGCGAGGUUCUCCACCUUCCAUCCUACAUCGCCCCAGUCUUCACCUGUAGACGGACAGCUUCAGAUGAGGGCAGAGUUUGGGAGGAUCAUGAUUGCUUGCUCCCUCGUUCAUGAGGGAACUACCUCUUCAUUUCUCUCCCUGGGGCCCUUGCGAUACAAAGACUCUACAGAAGCGGAAGCCAAUACGUCUUCCAUUGGUUCUGACAAGAGACUGUCCCCUUUACUCCCUUGUCUGAAGGUGACUCGGUCAGCCAAUAUCCCCUCGACCAGCAAUGCUUCUAUCGUCGCUCUCAGCUUUGACCUUCCCUCCCUUUUCGUUGAUAUCUCCAAAAGUCAACUGGAUGCUCUCCAGUAUUGGGCAGAUAAUACAACACAGCUUAUAGACUCUGCGCUUAAUGCAUCUUCAAGCAGUGCUAAAAUGGGCGCUGAAGAAACGGGAUUGAUUGGAAGUCGGUUCUUUGCCAAAUCGAGAAGUGGGAGCACCAGUGGACUGAGCUCGGCUGUCGGGGAAGCGAAGGCAGAGACGGUAGUCAAAUUGACGAUAACUGAAUCAUUCGUCAGAAUAAGACUACCACGAACAGCAGAUAAUGCCGUAGUUGUACGGCCAUUUGACGUAACUCUUUCAGAUUUGGAUGCCUUAAUCGAAUUCGAGCCGGAGGGCGAACAGAAGACUGUCUUGACGGUAGGCAUCAUGGACAUUGCUGUCAAAAAUGGGCAACCGUCGGAGGGUUUCCAAACACUUCUUUGCCUGACUUCUCCUCGCAGUCUAGUCAGUUGUCCAAAACUGGCCAGAAUGACGGCAUCUAAUCUUUUGUUGCAGUCCACUUCUCCCAGGCCGCUUGUCAAACUCCGAUUGAUAUCUUUGGUUGUUCCGGAGACAACAAUCAAAGAAACCAGGGUGAAAGCGACUGUUUGCGGAUUUACCUAUGAUUUUUAUCCCGACAUUACCUGGGUAACAGAUCUCGGCUUAUUUGCCAAAUCUCCACCAGGGACAUUUGAAAGUGUCAUUCCAAGUGAGCGAACAACCGUAUCUGUCAGAAUAUUAGAUGGUUCCAUACGACUAUUUGCUCCCAACCAUCUUGGCGCCCUCACCGCGUAUAUCGGGGAAUUGGAUUUCUUGACGAAUGUCGUGGGAGACUCUCCAGAGAUGUCGUUUCAAGUUGUCAUUUCAGAACUUGCAUUUUUGGCCAUCGAUGCCGAUAUGACGCAUGCAAGAGACAAUAUCAACUCUUUGAAAGGUGUUGGAUACUGGAAGGCGGCUGGUUACGCGCUGCUCGCUGAAAUCGCUGACAUGGAUUUGCAGUACAUUGAGUCUAUCGUUGUACCCUACGGAAAGCAGGUGCACGUAAAGCGCAUCAGGCUUCGGGUGCAUUCUUGUGCGGAUACUCUAGCAGCUGUAACGGCUUUUGCUAGUGACUUGGCGUCUUCGUUUGAACGCGUGACUGAGGAGUUAUCCGAGCAACAACCCACCGUGGUUUCCAGGGAUUCAGCGAAUGAAACCACUCUCUCAGCGUCUGUAUUUGAUGUUGCGUUUAAAGUCCCCGAAAUUGGCCCCGCUCCAGACAUGAUUAAUGACGACCUACCCACCAACCUGGAUUAUCUUGACGAAUCAUUCGGAACGGCGGCGGGCCUACGUGAACUUCGCGACGAUGAUUUGGAUGAGUUUGACGUGAGGGAAACGGACGCAAGCUAUCUUGCAAGCGAUGGCUUCGACACCCAUAUGGUGUCGAAGAUUGGUGGUGAGACCAUCAAGGUAUUCCAAACUGAAGGCAUCACUGUUGUUGAAGAGUAUUUUGAUACUCUUCCGCCUGAUAAAUCUUUGGGCUCUCAGAAGGACCUUAGUCGUUCCACCUUACACGUUCAAGUGUCUAACGCCGACCUGACCUUGCUUCUCUACGAUGGUUAUGAUUGGAUCAAGACACGUAGGACGAUCGAGGAAGAAAUCAAAGACAUGCGGAAACGAUUGGCCAAAAUUCGGCAACUCGUAGCCAGUGGGCAAACACAAGAUCCAAGCCUCGAUGAAGCGAGUUCUCUCCUGUUUAACUCGGUAUACAUCGGCUUAGAACAGGACGUCGAUGGAUUGGAACCGCAGGCGCUGCUUGAUGCAAUUGACGAAGAGUUGAGAGACGAUAUCGAGACGAUCAGUCAAAGUUCUUGGCAGUCCCUCAAACCAUCCACAAGUAAACCACAUAGUGGUAUGGCGCGUAUACGAGGGAAACGAUUGACGCGUUCCAAAGCACCAAGCAUGGAAUUCCGCAUGUCGGGCUUGAACGCAGAAAUUGACCAGUACCGGCCAGAUGAACCUUUGGUGUCUAGAACUUUAGUGGUUGUCAAAGAUUUGGAAAUUCUUGACCACAUCAAGACCUCUACGUGGAAGAAAUUUUUGACAGAUCUGCGCUCAGAUUCUCGUGGAAACAUCAGGGAGACAGAGUCGAACAUGGUCCGAAUCGAAGUUAGCACUGUUCGACCCGUUCCAAAUCACCCAUCCGAAGAAGUUCGACUACGAGCGAAAAUAUUGCCACUGCGGCUAUAUGUUGAUCAAGAUGCUGUCGAUUUUCUCAAGAAAUUCUUUAGUUUCAAAAGCCCGGAUGUUGACAUUGGUGCUACUCCUCCCAGUCAAGGAGACACUUACAUUCAACUGGCUGAGAUAUUUCCCAUCGACCUGAAGUUAGAUUACAAGCCUCGUCGCGUUGAUUAUCGCGCACUACGUGAUGGAAGAAUAAUCGAACUGAUGAACUUCUUCCAUUUCGAUGGGGCAGAGAUGACACUUCGUCAUAUUACAUUGGCUGGGGUAACCGGAUGGCCAAGAUUGUUUGAGAUGUUAAACGAUCUUUGGACUCCCGACGUGAAAGCUACACAACUCGUCGACGUUAUCUCUGGAGUAGCGCCGAUUCGUUCAAUGGUUAACGUUGGUUCGGGGGUCGCAGACCUUGUCUUGUUACCCAUUGCACAAUACAAGAAGGAUGGAAGGAUUGUACGCGGGGUUCAGAAAGGUGCCACUGCAUUUGUAAAGUCCACAGCGAUCGAAGCCAUCAAAAUGGGUGCCCGACUAGCAACAGGAACGCAAGUCAUUCUGGAGCAAGCAGAAGGUGUACUCGGAGGGCAAUUUGACCACACUAUCACUGCGGAAACCCUUCAAAUGCCUGCAGGAGACGAGAGUACUGGUGGAUUUUACACAGACGAGGAGGAAGAAUCCACAGAUCUCAUUUCCAGAUAUGCUCAACAACCGGGAGAUCUGAAAGAAGGGAUGCAGUCAGCGUAUGAGAGUUUGCAAAGGCACUUUAGUUCCGCUGCUCAAACCAUUCUUGCUGUUCCAAUGGAGGUGUAUGAGCGUUCAGGCAAUGAGGGGCCUGUCCGUUCUGUCAUCCGUGCUGUACCCAUCGCUGUUCUGAAACCAAUGAUUGGGGCGAGCGAAGCAGUUAGCAAGACACUCUUGGGACUGCACAACGCUCUCGAUCCCAACGUUCGUCAUGAGAACGAUGCCAAAUAUAAGAACCGAUAA